GUCCAAAUACCUAAAGAGAGAAACCGAUCUGCAAUCCUGGGUUAUGUCCAGACGUGCCGGCCUGAGACUGCUUGCUGUGGAGAGGCAAGCGAUGCCUGAGGCACUGCAGUUAGCGAUAACAGGCAGGCAAGAAAGGUCAAGAAAUGGUUCUUCAAAAAGCUCGAGAGAAGGCAAAAGGGAGGGAGAGGUAUAAUCGCUCCUUUUUUAGGAGGGCAUGGUGGUGUGGGAGAAAGUGCACAUCGGCCCUAGCCAGGCGGUCCACGAUCUGGGGCCUGGGGGCCAGAUUUGGGGGACCUCGGGUAACACCCGGGCUCCAGCUUGAUGGCUGUGCGUGUGUGCUCAAGUUUCUUCCUUAAACACAGAGCGAGGUUAAUAAUACCUAACUCGUGGAGGUUUUGAUUAGAUUGACUGAUAGCGGAGGCAGGGCGCCCAGCUCGGAGCAAGCGCUCACUCACUAGGUAUGCUCUUUCCCGGGAUGGGUGGGGUGCAGAGAGAACUCCUCCAGGGGGCUCCCAAACUCGCGUCAUUCGCCACUUGGGCUGGCUUAUAAAAACUGCACCAGCGCCCCGAGAUCAUUUUUAGUUUCUCUUCUUUCGGAGGAAGCCUCACCCGCUGGGGCACCUCACCCUCGUGGACGCCAGAACCCAGCGGGAGCCGCCGUCCUGCUGCUCGCUUUCCUUCCAUUCGGUGGCCGUCGCGGUUGACUUAAAAUCUGACAGGCGGAUCGGGUCGGUGACAUCUGCUCUGUUGACCCGGAGCCGAGUGGGAAACCGAAACCACUGGGCUCGGUUAACGGCGGCGGAGAGCGCGCGCUCGCGGGCCCCGGGCGCGCCCAGCCCAGCACCGCCCGCGCCCGCCCCCGGGGCUCUCAUAAGUUUCGAUUCUCCCCGGAGCUGCGUCCCGCGCCGCGGCAAGGCCAGCGCAGCGCCAUGGCGGACCCGGAGGUGUGCUGCUUCAUCACCAAGAUCCUGUGCGCGCACGGGGGCCGCAUGGCCCUGGACGCGCUGCUCGACGAGAUCGCGCUGUCCAAGGCGCAGCUCUGCGAGGUGCUGCAGGCGGCCGGGCCCAACCGCUUCGCGGUGUUGGAGACCCGCGACGGGGCCGGGGUCACCCGGUCCGUGGUGGCCACUACCGGAGCCCGGAUCUGCCGUCGUAAGUUCUGCAAAAAAGGCUGCGGAAACCUGCACCUCUGCAAGCUCAACCUGCUGGGCCGCUGCCACUAUUCGCAGUCGGAUCGGAAUUUAUGCAAAUAUUCUCACGAUGUUCUCUCGGAAGAGAAUUUCAAAAUCCUGAAACAGCAUGAGCUCUCUGGACUGAAUAAAGAAGAAUUAACAGUGCUUCUUGUCCAGAGUGACCCUUUUUUUCUGCCUGAGAUAUGCAAAAAUUAUAAGGGAGAAGGUCGAAGGCAGAUUUGUAACCAGCAGUCACCAUGUGAAAGGCUUCACAUCUGUGAGCACUUCACCCAAGGGAACUGCGGUUACGCCAACUGCAUCCGGUCCCAUAACCUGAUGGACAGAAAGGUACUGGCAAUCAUGAGGGAAUACGGACUGAGCGCAGAAGUGGUCCAGAACAUUCAGGACAUCUGCAACAACAAACACAACCUCAGGAAACCCUACGGGUUGAGAGCUCCUCCCUUACAGCGCCGAGACAGGGCGCAUGGAGGUCGAAGCAAGAGUAAAGAUCGAUUCUUCCGGGGUAGUUUAGAGUUUCUUCCAUCCGCCUCAAGCUCUGCGGACAGGUCCGGCACGUCCAGCCCAGAUCAAAGCGGCCGCAGGUCGCCCCUGGACGCUGUGGAAGACCUCACCCACAAGUUCCUGCGUCUGGGAAGCCAAGGUGGCCCCCAGCCCUCCGCAGCCUCCUCGUCGUCCCCGGCUGCCGAGGUCGGAGCGCCGGGCCGGGCGGGGGCAGGCCACGCGUUCUCAGAGGACGGCAGCCCCGAGGGCUUCUUUUACGGCAGUCAGGGCGGCACGCAGCUGCCUUCCGACUUCGGACAGGGCGCGGGCCUGCGCUCCUCGGGCCACCCGGACGUCGAGGGCAGGAGUGGGCAGCACGACGCCCAGCACGUUCCGCUUUUUGAUGGUGAUUUUAAUGGACUGGGCACAGAUACCACUUCGGCGAGAUCGUCACAUUACAAAACCGCAGCCACGAGGGAGAGAGAGAGAUCGUUACCGAGGAAUCAGGAGGCCGCAGCCGCUCACACCAAUCUCCAGACCGGCAGCCAACUCCCCGACGGCGAUGAAGCGGGAGUGGCGUUCGGUAACAGCAAAGACAGGGAGAAGAUGUUUUGGAUGGGUCAGUCUGUCCACAACGCACGAAACGGCUCUAGUAAAGUUCUGUACGAAACUACCGAUGUGAACAACACUGGUGUCGUCGGGCUUGGCUUCACAUCGGCAGUCAGAGGGGACCAAGACGUGUUACGCUCUGGAAGCCAGAAGCCGAGAACCCAGGUCCUGCCCACACCUGCGGAGCCCACGGCCCCCACGCAAGUCAGCGCUCUGCCCAAGGCGCUUUCUAUACCUUCCCCGAGCAACAGAGCUGCAGCCUGUGAGGCCCGUGGUCUGAACUCUGAUCAAAUGCCCCUUAGCUCUGCCGGCGAGCUCACACGACGGACCCCAGACUGUGCUCUGAAUUCCGUAUCUGAUGUUGCGAGUACCGCAUCUUCCGGAAUGGAUGAUCAUGACUCAAAGGAAAUUUGUCUUGACCAUCUGAAUAAGGGGUGUCUACUUAACGACUGCAACAAAGUCCACUUCGUCCUGCCAUACCGGUGGCAGAUGUUAAAUGCCAGCACCUGGAUGGACCUCCAGCCCAUGGAGAAUAUUGAGAAGGCCUACUGUGACCCCAAAAACAGCAUCAUUUCUUUGGGAAAUUAUAGAAUCGAUUUCAAGAAAAUGACUUGUAACUUUAAUCCCAUCCGACGUCUCUCCACGCCUUCAUCUGUCCGGAUUCCGAGCGGUCUCACCUUCACCACGAAAUGGAUUUGGUAUUGGAAGAGUGAAUCUGACACAUGGGUCCAAUAUGGGAAGGAGGUAGGCAAUCAGCAAACUUCAAAUAUCGACUCUUCAUACCUGGAGUCUUUCUUCCUGUUAUAUCCAAGGGGGAUUGUGCCAUUUCAGGCGGGUUCACGGAACUACGAGCUGAGUUUCCAAGGGAUGAUUCAGACAAACGUAGCUUCCAAGACCCAAAAGGAUGUCAUCCGAAGGCCAGAAUUUGUGUCUGCCCAGGAUGUGGCACGGAUGAAAAGUGGGCCAGACAGUCAGCCGGCGCAGACCCAGCUGGAGACUCUGACCUCAACAUUCCUUCCUCAGGUGGACUUUUCCUUCCCAUCCUCGAACAGAUAUCAGUUGUUAGAGCUCAAUAACCAGCAUCCGGAAUAUGUCAAAAUAAGCGAAUAUUUUAAAGUAAGCAUGAAAAAUGUCAAGAUUGAAAAGAUAAAGAAGAUCAAGAACACACAGCUCUGGGAUGCUUUCGAAAGGAAAAAAAUGAAGAUGAAGAAGAAGAACGAACAAAUGCUAUUUUAUGCAACAUGCCGUGCCAAUGUGGAUUUUAUCUGUGCGAAUAAUUUUGACUGGGCCUCACAUGGAACUGUUGAAACCAAAUACGGAAAAGGAAAUUACUUCUCAAAAGAUGCCAUCUACUUUCACAAAAAUUGCCAGCAUGAUCCCAAAAACAUCGUUAUGUUCGUAGCCCGAGUCCUGGUUGGAGAUUUUAUUGAAGGGAAAAUGAGUUACACGAGCCCUCCUCUAUUGUAUGACAGCUGCGUGGAUACAAGGUUUAAUCCCUCGGUUUUUGUCAUCUUUCAGAAAGAUCAGAUUUACCCAGAAUACGUGAUUGAAUAUUCCGAAACAGACAAAGCCUGCGUGAUCAGUUAGAAAGGAUGAACAUAGCAUCACAGAGGAUGAAUAACCGUUUUGUGCACCCAUCGAACCAGAUCGCCCCGGAUAUUAUGCUAGUUUGUAUUUUCUUGCCUGGCUAUCAGAUGCCUUAGACUGAUGGUUCCCAAACUUUGCUGCGCGUUUGGAUCAUCUAGAAACUUAAAAAAAUCCCGAUGUCCAGAAUGCACCCCAUUCCAACUAGAUCACACUGUUUCUGGGUGAGAGUCAGGUGUGAAGAUUCAAACGUGUCAUAAAGUUUGAGAACCAUUGUCUUAAUGUAAAGACUGAUUUCUAAAACUUCUGUGAUUGCAGCAACCUUUUUCUCCCAACUACUCUUUUAGUUUACUGUAUGGCAUGGUUUUGUUUUUGUUAAAUUGAAAAACAAAUUGAUUUGGGAAAUCGGAGAGAAAUCUGAAAAUGCCUGUUGAAAUAAGGAUAUGAGACAGUAGAGCCUUGGAUAGAAGAUUGUGAAAAGUUGGCGGAGGGUGUUUUGGAAUAUGUGGUAGGGGGUGGAAUAUUAAAGGUAAUUUAAAUGCUAUUACAGACAUAACUGCAGGACUGUGCCUUUGUGGUGACACUGAUUUGAGGCACACAUUUCAUUAUUUCUACGUUUAUUUAGGGGACUCUAUCCAGGUUGACUCUGGAAUUCAAUUUAAAGAGCUGACAGGUGUGGCUCAGAGAGAAGCAACCAGCUGGAGUUAAUGGCCCAUUUGGCCAAUUUAAGUAAUUAUGGUAAGGUAGACUUUUAUAUUCUAAUCAAUAUGAUUCCAGAGCAGACUUUUUUCAGGUUAGACCUUUAUGAAAUACCUCUAUUUUGGGAGUACCGAGUUAGAAUAAACAGAGUCACACAAGCAUGAUCGAUAAAUCUGAGUGCUACUGUAGUUGUUGGCUGUGACCGAUGAGGCUCACCUAGGAAUGAGGAACAGGGCCAUCCUAUGGGAGGACGGGCCCCCUAAGGAGGCAAGGUUUGUUUCCUGGUGAGCACAGAAUCAGAACAAAGAGAACAGGGCCUCAAACAGGCCUUGCACCUGCAAGGGGCCUCUUUUUCUAAAUAUAAUAAAUUGUAUGGAAUUGUAGUACAAUCAAUUUUUAAAGCAGUUGAGAUGUCUGGACCAAGAGUUCCUUCCUUAUUCUGAAUCACGGUUUUCUUUUCAAUUUUCCUUUUUCAACAUUCCAUACCAAUUGCCAAAAUCUCCUGUUAUAGUUCCUUCUAGCAGAUCUGUUACAAAAAUUAAUUAUCAUUAGAGAUUUUACGUUUUAUAUUUUCAAUCAGUGCAAAAGCUUGCUACAACUCCUUGGUUUAAAGGGCUCCACCAGUAACAAAUAAAUAUACAGAGCUUUUUUAGCGUAGGGUUAUUUUCUGGGAGGCUUGCCAUAAAUAGUUACUCUCAUUCACUUAUUUUUCUCGAUAGCUUCCGUUUUGGAGUUUUCCUUUCCCGAUCUUGACCCUCACGUAGCAGAGACGCAAUUUAUCCAACUCUUUCCGACUGCCUAUUAGAUAUCUCUAAGUGGAUAUUUCACAGGCAUUUCUACUUCAGCAUUUCCAAAACGGAAUUCUCGAUCUGCAUCCCCUAAGCGAGCCAGUUCCUUCCCAGUAUUCUUUAUAUAAGGAUGUGGAAUCUCCGUCCACACAUCUGUCCAAGCAGCAUUCCAGAAGCCAUCCUUGACUCCUUCCUCUCCCUCCCCGUGUGCAUCCAAGCUGUUCCCAGAUCUAGUUUUUCCUCUUUAACUAUCUCUGUUUCCCCUUCUAAGUUGUUCUUUACUUAGCAGACAGGAUGGUCACAUUUUUAAAUUUUGUAUUUAGUCAUCAUCUUUCAAAACGCAAAUAUCAUCAUGCUUUAGAAUGAAGUUCAAAAUCAUCAUCGUAGCCCCACGUGACCACUCCCUUCCCUGCCUGCCUGCUAUUAUUUGUUUUCUUCCACACAAACCACUCUGGCUUUCUUUCAGUCCUUUCGUACCCUUAGCUCAGUGGUUCUCAACUAGCACUCCUGCCUUUUUUUUUUUUUUUUUUUAACCACAAAUACUUUAUAACAUCCGCUUUAUGAUCUUCAAGCUGCCAUUCAGUGGUUAUAUACUCUAGCUACACACAAUUUUAGAAAAAAAUUAAAAAUUAGAUAAAAUUAAUAUUAACAUAAGAGGGAAAUAAAAGUUCUAUAACUUGGACACGACUAUACUAAAAGACCUAAUUAAGUAGGCAGCUGUAUUUACCUACUUACAAUGAGUGAAUUUGAACUUAAAAGAAGGUAGGACAUCAGAAGCUGCUUUGUACAGAGAAGUAUGAGGAAAUGAAACAGCAGGGAUAUGAGUGGACAUUAGAAUAAAAACUAGUGAUACAGUAACUUAUUUGCAUAUAAUACUUAUUUCUAUAAGGACGAAAUAGCCUUAACUGAAAUAAAGAUACUAUGCAAGAAAAUCUACAGAUUGUCGAUAUGGAGAAAAUGAGGAAAUAUAUUUUGCAGACGAGCUGUAGGUCAUACACGAAUGUCUAGUGAGACAUUCAAAAUUCGUAUAGGGUGCAGAAUAAUGCCUUGCUGUGAGGAACUGUCCAAAGUAUUGCCAGACGUUCAGCAUACUUGGCUCUCACAUACUAAAUGCCAGUAGCACCCUCCCCGCCCCCCCAAUCAUGGUGACAGCCACAAACCCAAUUAGCUCUAGUCAUCUUUUUCAGAGCAGAUGUUUUGUGACAUCCUCUUUGCUGUCCUGAGAUGAUUCAUAGAUAUUACAGUCUACUUACACACAUGCAUUUCUUAAAAAAUCAUCCUACUGCCCUAUAUUGUAAUGAAGAAACAGAAGGAAAGAAAUUUGUAGUAAAAAUAAACUGAAUUUCAAUAUGUAAAUGCUCAGGCAUGAAUACGCUAUACGACAUCAUGACAUAAAUAUUUACUCCUACUUAUAGUGGAUAGGUGUGGAUUUAAGAGUCGACAGAGGCUACUUCCUGUAAAAGAAGUACAGGGAAAUGAAAGAUAGGAAUGAAGACCACUGUUAGGGUAAGUCAUAACAGACCAUAUACCUUAUCUGUAUAUGGUAAGGGGAAGAGCGAAAUUACCUUACUUUACAUAAGGACAAUAGGACAAGACAAAUUACAGGUUGUCUAAGAGGGAAAAAAAACAUAUUCUCUCAGUCAAGCUAUAGGUCCUACAUAGAUGUCCAGCAGGACAUUAGAAAGUCGUAUAGGUACAGAAUAAUUCUUCGUUGUAUGGGGCUAACCCGUACACUGCAGGACCUCUGUUAGCCUUGGCUGCAUCCACUCGGUGCCAGUCAUAGUCUCCAAUUAUUAUGAAACCAACAACCAACCAAUUUCCAAAAUGCCGCAGUGAGAACCACUGACCAGGUAAUAUCUAGCAUCUUGAGAUUAGCUUGUUACCUCCAUAAGGAGUCCUAUAGGUCAGAUUGGAUGCUCGCCUCCCAAAUUCCCGGUUUUUAAAAUGUUUUGUGCCUUGCAGUGUUCAUUUUUAGCAUCUAUCCAACUUGAUGUUGUCCGCUUUCUGCGUUAGAAUGUAAGCUCCUUGAAGGCCGAGGUAACCUGUCUUGUUCAUUGUGCUACACCUGAUACCUAGCUGAAUGCUUGAUAUGCUGGUAACAUUGGAUAAAUUUUGUUGAAUAAAGUAAGCUCAGCUAUUUAUAUUUUGGUAGUUGUAUUUCUUGUUCUUCUUCAAGCUCAAUUUGAGACUAUCUAAUAAAAAGAAAUCAAUAUUAA